AUGUCCUUUCCUCCUCUAGGGUUUCAGCAACCCCAACAACAAGCUUUCUCAAUGGACCUCCAAAACGACGCCGUUUCCAAACCCAUUGCAGUUAUCACUUGCAUUGCAUUGGCCUUGCUCUACGUCGUAACCUUAUACGCUCCGACCUUCCUCCUUCGUCUCCCACCUCCUUCUUCUUACACCAAUUUCAUGAUACGACGAUUCCUAUGCGCCGGUGUUUCAACCACUCUCUCCCUCUUCAUCACUCCUUUUGUUCUUCCCGUACAAACUAGGGACUUGGCAUGCAUUUUGGGUGUUUAUGGAGUCCGAAUGGAUCACGUGUGGCAGGCUUUGGUCCUUCCUCUUGCUUUGACCUCUCUAAUGUAUGCCGGGUCUUUGUUCCUCAAGUCUCUUCUGCUGUUUGAUUUUUGGAGGCAGCAUACAUUUUUUGGUGGUGGGCUUUCAUUUGAUUCCUUCAAGUGUGCCAUGGCGAGAUAUAUUGACUGGUUGUCUGCAAUUUCAUCAAAUGUUUUGACAUGGCGAAGCUAUGUUGUGGCACCCCUUACUGAGGAGUUGGUGUUUAGAGCGUGCAUGAUACCUAUACUUCUCUGUGGAGGGUUUAAACCAUACAGUGCCAUGAUUCUAUGCCCCGUUUUCUUCAGCUUAGCUCAUUUAAAUCAUUUCACGGAGAUAUACGCUAAACAAAACUACAGAAUAAUGCAGGCUGCUAUGGUUAUAGGACUCCAGCUUGGCUACACUGUUAUCUUUGGGUCAUAUGCUUCUUUUCUUUUUAUUCGAACAGGACAUCUCGCUGCUCCAUUAGUUGCUCAUGUAUUUUGUAAUUUUAUGGGCCUGCCUGUGUUGUAUUCGCCGAGAAGCGGGAUUGUAAGUAUAGCAUCCAUAAUGGGACUUGUGAGUUUCUUGUGGCUUCUUUUUCCAAUGACAGGUCCAGAUUUGUAUAAUGAUAGAAUAGAUAAUUGCAGUUGUUGGCAAGGAUACUGCUCAUGGAGAGAACAAAUUCGAAUAUCCUACAUGUAA